AGACUUGCCAUGGAGCUGUUAACGUUCAACAAAGACGAUGGGUUCACUGAGGCAGUUGUUCGGGGUUACCGCUCGGGGAUCCUUGAUGCAGCCUCCUACUCGAACUUGGGGCAGUGCGACAGCUUGGAGGACAUGAGGAUGCAUCUGCAAGUGACCGACUACGGCACCUUCCUGCAGAACGAGCCGUCGCCCCUCCAGACCAUGACGAUCUCCGAGAAGUGCACUGAGAAGCUCGUGGACGAGUUCAACUACGUCCGCUGCAACGCCUCCUCCGAGCUAGCCAAAUUCAUGGAUUACAUCACCUAUGGGUACAUGAUCGACAACGUCGUCCUCCUCCUCACCGGAACCCUCCACGAGAGGGACACGAGUGAGCUCCUGGAGAAGUGCCAUCCCCUUGGUAAGUUCCAGUCUCUGGCCACCCUGGCCAUCACAACCAACGCCAAGGAUGCGUACAGGCUCGUGCUUGUCGAUACGCCGUUAGCUCCCUAUGCUCAGAUGCAUUUCAACGACGCCCACGACUUCACUGAGUUGAACAUCGAGGUCAUCCGCAACACCUUGUACAAGGCUUACCUGGAGGACUUCUACUCCUACUGCCAGAGCCUCGGUGGCAGCACAGCGGAGGUCAUGGGAGAAAUCUUGCGAUUCGAGGCUGACAGGAGGGCUAUCAACAUUACCAUCAACUCGCUCGACACCGAGCUGACCAAGGAGGGGAGGGCUGAGCUGUAUUGCAACUUCGGUGAUCUGUACCCUGAGGGAAUCGCGCGACUUGAACGUGCCGAGAAUCACGACGCUGUCCGAGCAGCCGUCGAGCCAUACCCCCAAUAUCGCCAGCUGUUCCAGGAGGCGACAUAUAGCCAGGAGAAGUCGUUGGAGGAUUGCUUCUUCGAGUACGAGGUGAAGUUGAACAAGCUCUCGUUCGAGCAGCAGUUCCAGUACGGAGUCUUCUACUCGUACUUGAAGUUGAAGGAGCAGGAAGUCCGCAACAUCGUGUGGAUUGCUGAAUGCAUCAGCCAGGACCAGAAGGCUCGCAUCAGCCAGUACAUUCCUAUCUGGUGAGGCGGGUCAUCAAGAACAGCCGUAGACGAGGCUGAGAGGGUCAUGUUGAAUAAACUCAUUUGCACAU